AUGGCUCUCCCUGUUAACAUGAUUUCUUCCCAUGGUGUUAUCCCGACCUCUGAGUAUGCUGAGACUCUUCGGGAGAAAUACAGUUUUCAGAUGGAGGACGGAAUACUUAUUCCUUUGGACGAAGCCUCCUUUCUUGAACCUCCUCCGGGAAAGUUUAGGCCAGUAGCUCUUCGAGACAGCCUUCCUCAUCCCAGUCGGAAAUAUGCUCAAGGGUUCACUACUCCUGCUGUCUCGGUGCCUUCACACUCAAUCCCUACUGGCGAGAUGCCUUCGCCUGGCAACCUGUAUGUCGCGCCCCUUGUCGUGCUUCCUACUCCCGUCCUUUCUGAGAGUUUAGAGAGUGUGGAGGAUAACAAAAAAGGAAUUUUGGCGGGUGCGACGUCCUGCGUGACUAGGAAAAGAGGACUUAUGAGCCUUGCAACUCUUUCUGAUGUGGCCAAAAGGAGAACCAUUGCCGACCGCUGUCGCCGAUGCAAGCUUGCCACCAACUUUAUUGCAACUAUGAUUCCCUCUAGUGAAGAGGCAAUAAAUAUCCUUGAUGACGAUACACACUAA